CUUCCUGGGACGCUGAGAGGGACGCGCUCCGCUCCGGAGGCACGUAAGUGUGGGCGAGCGAGAUUCCCUGCCUGUAAGAAACGGGCCCAGAUCACACAACUGUGUGUUCAGAUGUGCAUGUGUUUAUUCUAAGUUGAUUACAGCUGUUUUAGAACUAUAAGGUACCUCAAGGGAUUUCCCUGAAAAGCAUUGGAAUCAUCUUGAAUCAGCAGGAAGUAAUUGAGCAGAGUAAUUUCAGGGACCUUUGUUCUCAUGCUUUCACUUGACUAACUCAUCGGAGUCUGACUGACUGUACUGCACGAGCCUGUCUGCCAUGGGCUGUCGGGAUGUCCACGCAGCCACAGUCCUCUCCUUCCUGUGUGGAAUCGCCUCUGUAGCAGGACUCUUUGCAGGGACUCUGCUUCCUAACUGGAGAAAAUUACGGCUGAUCUCAUUCAACAGAAAUGAGAAGAACCUGACCGUCUACACAGGCCUGUGGGUGAAAUGUGUCCGGUACGAUGGGAGCAGUGACUGCCUGAUGUACGACACUACUUGGUACUCGUCAGUUGACCAGCUGGACCUGCGUGUCCUCCAGUUUGCUCUGCCCCUCAGCAUCCUGAUCGCCAUGGGUGCCCUGCUGCUCUGCCUAAUUGGAAUGUGUAACACGGCCUUCAGGUCCUCGGUGCCCAACAUCAAACUGGCCAAGUGUCUGGUCAAUAGUGCCGGCUGCCACCUGGUGGCUGGCCUUCUCUUUUUCCUGGCAGGCACUGUGAGCCUCUCCCCGUCCAUCUGGGUCAUCUUUUAUAACAUCCAUCUGAACAAGAAGUUCGAGCCAGUCUUUACGUUUGACUAUGCAGUGUAUGUCACUAUUGCUAGUGCCGGGGGCCUGUUUAUGACUUCCCUUCUACUGUUUAUUUGGUAUUGUGCAUGCAAAUCUUUGCCUUCUCCUUUCUGGCAACCACUGUACUCCCAUCCUCCCAGUAUGCAUACUUACUCGCAGCCCUAUUCAGCGCGCUCCCGCCUCUCUGCCAUUGAAAUUGACAUUCCAGUGGUUUCACACACCACCUAAUGAGGAAAUAGUUAUUUGUUAAAGAAAACUUCUUGUAACCUCACAUUCCCCUUGUGCAAGGAGCUUUUUUGGACCUAUAUACAUUGUCCUCUGUUCCUGACUAGUUGAUGAAGCCAAAUUUGUAUGUCCUGGUAGAAUGAAGUGCUGCUAGUUUUUAUGAGAAGUACAUUGUUUUCCAUGUGAAUUAUUCCUUUUAUCUUCUUAUACUGGAAGGAUUUUUAACUUUCAUAUUGAUAUCUGAUCAGUUAUUUAAGUAGAAAGGACCUGUGUUGCAAUCAAGGUGAUUUAGAGCACUAUGGUAAAGAAUGAUUGACUAACAGAAGCUGUUAUAUAAUCUUUAUGAAUAUUUCAGAGUAUAUAUUGUUCUUUUUCUAUAAUACCAUGAACUGGAAAAUCGACAGUUUCAAAUAUAAGAAAUUUCUUUCAGGUAAGGGUGAUAUUUUAACAGUGGUCAAUAAUCUACCAGCUUAAGGCUGUAACUUAUUUCUCUCUUGGGGCUACUUGUAUUGAAUAGGCUUCAGUAUAUUGAAGAUUACUUUCCUUUCUGAGUUUAUCUUCUACCUCAUGCCAGUGUUUAAAAAUAAAGUGCAUUUUAAAUAAUGUCAGAAGAAGACUAACGUUUAAAAUAUCUGUUAGUUAUGGAUAACAUUUAACAGAAUUUUUAAAGUUAAUGGUUUCAUAAAUUGUAUUAUUAGAGUUAAAAUGUGCCAUGUGACAGGUUGGUGCUUUCUCUGAGGCAGAAAAACCUUUUUUCCAGUUAUCCAUCAAGUGGUACUCAUGCCCAUAUACAAUCUCUUAGUAGCUAAGAGAAAUAAAUAAAAAGGCAAUAAAGUUUUGUUGUCUUUUAGACGUAAGUGCUAGGGGACAAGAGUGUCCUUCAGUGACAUCAAAGAUUCACUCUGGUGACUGCCUUUUGUUUGAUGGGGGAAGUAAUAUAUGGCUUUACCAUGAUCACAUUCACCCUUGAUUCAUUUCCUGGCCCCAUCACUGAUUAUUUUCUUGAGCAUGUAUCUCUGCCCAACAUUUUAGUAGAUGCUAUAGAGGAUGCAUGAAAAGUAUGAGAUCUGGUUCCAUCCACCAAGAAAUUUUAAUCUGAUAGAGAGGAUCAAACUUACUGACAAUUAGGGAGCAGUCUGUCAUCAUUGACAGUUGGCCUUGACUUCUGAAUCGUUGAUGCAGGAAUAUAUUUCAGCCAGAGACAUGACUUUCUGGCAGACAGACUAAUUGUACAAUGCCAGCAGUACCCUGGACCUAGAAAUUCAGUUUACGUCAGCUCAUUGGGUCCUUAGGGCACUUUCCUUAGCCUAGAUGUUCUAAUAACGCUAUAUCAAAUUCAUGAGAAUGGGCAGAAGUGGUAGAGAAAUUAAAUCAUUCCCUUUCCACCUCUGAAAGGAUGAUAAUAUUAAGGAGGGAGGAGUUUUUAAAAAUCUGUCUUGUGAUGGGAUAACAAUUAGAUGAAACCAUGUUUAACUGAAGUGAACACUUAGAAAUUCAGGUAUAUUGGGUCUUUACCCUUAUGAACUUGGGCUGCUUAUUAAAUUGUGUGAUUUGCCACAUAUUAGAACUAUGUUCAUAAGGAUUUUGUCUUAUUAACCAUUACAGGGUUUACAAACAGUUGUAUGGCGAACAGAUUAUUAUGCCUCUUUUGCAAAUCUGAGUAUGAUUCUGGUAUUUUUGUAGAUGUAUGUGGUCCUUUUUUUUCUAAUUCCAACACUAGUUUAUGUAUAUAGCAAAUAAAUCGAAUUGUAUAAUUUUUAAAUGCCAUCAGUAGAAUGCAUGCAGAGCUAUGGUUUUUUAGUUAUAGCUUCUGAUUUUUUUCAGUUCUGAUCCUUUUCAUUCUUCUCAGAUGUAGCUGAGUCUCAAUCAUUCCAAGACAGUGGCAGGUGGAAUUUUGAGAUUAAUAUUAAUUUUUCCCCUUUGCUAAUUAAUUUCAGUUCCCUCUCUCAACAAACUUUAGUCCAGAAGGGUCAGAAAUUCCACCAUCCCUUUGGUCAUUGUAUAAACAAUGUUAAAGAAAAGUAGACUCAGUCAUUAAAGAUAUUAGACAGAUUUUAGUCCAUGGGAUUGUAAAUAUAAACAUUAAGCUUUCCUACAAGAGUCUUUUGGCUUCAUAAUCUGUAGCCUCAAAUUAGUAUUUAUUGUGGAUUCACUAGGCAAAAGAAACAGAUGUUUCCUUAUUGUCUUUUUCUUUAGUGUUUUAGAUUUGCUAUCAGUAGCUAUUUUUUAAAGCCAUCAAAGGAAAGCAAGUAUUUACAAUUCUUUUUAGUCACUUUUGAGCACUCAUCAGGUUAUCAUUAUGAUGUGGGGUACAUCUUCGUCGUCAUUGUUAAGAGCCUGCUAAUGUUAAAGGCCUUUUACAGAGCCAAUUUGGAAAAAAGAACAAAUGUGGUAUGAUGCACCAGAUUUAUCCAUCCGGUGGAGCAAAGAAUAAACCUGAGUUUACUUUACUUGUACAUAUACACUAUAAUAGAUAGUGUGUUUGCUGUAAACUGCAAUGUAAAGCCUCAGUAAAAGUAU